AUGAAAUUAGAGUACAAAAGCGGGCGGUGUGCGGGCGGUGUGCAGGGCGGUGUGCAGGGGGGUGUGCAGGGCGGUGUGCAGGGCGGUGUGCAGGGCGGUGUGCAGGGCGGUGUGCAGGGCGGUGUGCAGGGCGGUGUGCAGGGCGGUGUGCAGGGCGGUGUGCAGGGCGGUGUGCAGGGCGGUGUGCAGGGCGGGGUGCAGGGCGGUGUGCAGGGGGGUAUCCCAUCUUCCCACCCACCUUCACACUCGCGCCCAGCUCGCUUAAAGGUGCCUGGCAUGAGCACUAGAGUGCGGUUGGUGCGCAUGGCAAUGCUCAGAUACGCCCCCACCACAUGGAUCAUGCUCCCCAUCCCAUGGUGCAGCCCGGGCCUCUACCCCUCCCACUCCUGGUGCAUGCAUGAGGGACGGUGUCGUGAAUCUUCCUCUGUCCACCCUCAUUCCCUUUCUCCCCUGUGUAACCUGCUGACUUCUCCUUCUCUCCUUCCUUCCCUGCCACCCGUACUGCUGAUCAGGUUCAUCCCUUCUUCCUCCUGGCGUAUUUGCCAGCUAAGUGUUAAUAACGCGACAACGGGCGUGCGGGGUGCAGGGCGGUGUGCAGGGGGGUGUGCAGGGCGGUGUGCAGGGCGGUGUGCAGGGGGGUGUGCAGGGCGGUGUGCGGGCGGUGUGCAGGGCGGUGUGCAGGGGGGUGUGCAGGGCGGUGUGCAGGGCGGUGUGCAGGGCGGUGUGCAGGGCGGUGUGCAGGGCGGUGUGCAGGGCGGUGUGCAGGGCGGUGUGCAGGGCGGUGUGCAGGGCGGUGUGCAGGGCGGUGUGCAGGGCGGUGUGCAGGGCGGGGUGCAGGGCGGUGUGCAGGGGGGUAUCCCAUCUUCCCACCCACCUUCACACUCGCGCCCAGCUCGCUUAAAGAGGGACGAACGGGUGGAGGUUGGAGGGGGAGGGGGAAGGGAGCAGGGGAGGGUAGGCGGAAGGGAGGUGACUUUUGAGUCGAUUAAAAAGUCACCUGAGGGACGAACGGGUGGAGGGUGGCUGGGGGCCGCACUUACAACACCCCUUCCCAUCAUCCCCGCUUCCCCCGCUUCCCCCACUCUCGCCCUUGCCCCCAUUUCCCGCAUCCCCCCCGCUGCCUCCGCAGCACUCCCCAGGCUCCCCGCGCGCCCAUGCAGGGAGGCUUCCGUCCUCCCCCCUCUCUUCCGCCGCCUGGCGCGCAGCGGUGCGCGCGGAGCAGUCUUCGAGGUGGGGCGGAAGGGGAACGUUGGGGGGAAGGACGAGCGGCGAAGGGGGGAGGAGGGUGGAGGCAUUCUCGAGGCCGUACGCCUGUGA